AUGGGCAGGGCCACCAGGCCGGCUGUCUACGACCUCGUUUCGCGGUUAGUGAGCGCCACGCCCCAGCACGUGACGCAGCAUGAGAGUACGCGCGCGCUUCUUGCAGACAUUCAACGCUACCUUAAGCCGAUGCUUGCAGCCAUCAGAGGGGGCCCCUACGGCGGUGAUAAUAUAGCAGCUACCAUUGCGCAGCUGCACAUGUGCAAGGCGAGGUCCGAUAUGCUCGCCAAACAAGUUCUCUCAGUUGUGAGGUCAGCCAACGCCAGGUCCUGGAAGGAGUGGGUUGACAACGCCCUCGACAAGGGGGCCAAAGCUGCACGCAAGUUCAUAAAAGAGCGCACCAAGUGGGAGCCUGACACUGUUGUGAUAAAGGGCAAGCUCACGGCCUCCAUACAGAGCACCCUGGACACCUACAGGGCCAAGUUCGGUAAGUUUUGGGACCCUGCUGCUGCGCCUCUGCGUCGGGACAACGACCUCCGCGAGCCUAUCGGGAUCCCCGCCACGGACGCCCUCAGGGACCUCUCUGAGAGCUACGGCAAGGCCUCUGCAGUCUCUCUCGACGGGUUCCACAUGAGGCACCUUAGCAUGUUAUCUGAAGAGGCCCUGGAGCUGGACCGCCACGGCUGCGACGUCGUUGGGCUCUGCGAGGUGGACCGGUACGAGGACUACUUCGAGCCGGCCAUGGCGGCCCGCGGCUACAGCUCUGCCUACAAGCGGAAGCGCAGCCCGGCGCGGGACGGUGUGGCGGUGUUCUGGCGGCGGGACCUCUUGGAGGAGGCCUUGCACCGGCACGUGUUCCUGGAGCGCGGCAGCCGGCGCACGCGGGGCAUGCAGGUAGCGCUGCUCCAGCGGCUGCGGCUCAAUCCUGGGAGCGGCGCGACGGCGGGCUCCUGCCGCAGCGUCGUGGUGUGCGCGGUGCACUUGCGGGCCAGCGCCGACGACGCCUACAGGAUGCAGCAGGCGUCGCUCGCGGUGGAGGCCCUGGCGGACUUCGGCAGGGGCGACGCCCAGAUUGUGCUCGCAGACGUGAACUCGCAGGCGCCGCCAGGCACCGCGGCGGCUGGCGGGACUGCGUCGACUGUAUUUGAGUAUUUCCUGGCGUGCGGAUACCGCUGCGCCUAUCGCUCCGUAGGUUCCAUCCGCCUUCUUUCACUCGCGCAUGUUGUAGCGCAGAAGAUUAGAAAAAAGGGUGGCAACGCACGAGCAGGAGGAAGCAGGCGAGAAGCAGAGGCAUGGGGCAUAGUGGGGACCCAUGCCAGGAAACACCCUGCGUGCCUCCAGGGUGCCCUGGGUGCCUUGCGCUUCGAUGGUUUUGCUGAGGAAAGCGUAGCGUUCCCACACCAGAAAUCCAUGGGCGUCCUGUGGUCGCAGGGGGGUUGGAUUUCUUGUAGAGGGAUCCUCGUGGACUGGCCUCCGCUGUAUGGAGGAGAAGCAGCGCAGAGCAGGGGAAGGACGGGAGGUGUGAGGCAAAGGCCGAGGACCAUGAUUCAAAAGCAUUAGCCCAUGCACAGAGUUAUGAUGUUCCAACCUACUUGGGCCCUGGCUGCCAGACAGAAUUUCGCG